CGGGGCUUGUUGCCGCUUCCGCCCCUUGUUCUCAUGGUCUCGCGAGAUCCGGCGCUUCCGCCGUGAGCUCCGCCCUUUCCGAAGAGACGCGGCCAAGAUGGCGGAGGUGGAGCAGAAGAAGAAACGAACCUUCCGCAAGUUCACGUACCGCGGGGUGGACCUGGACCAGCUCCUCGACAUGUCCUACGAGCAGCUGAUGCAGCUGUACAGCGCGCGCCAGCGCCGGCGCCUCAACCGGGGCCUGCGCCGCAAGCAGCACUCCUUGCUGAAGCGCCUGCGCAAGGCCAAGAAGGAGGCACCUCCCAUGGAGAAGCCAGAGGUGGUGAAGACCCACCUGCGCGACAUGAUCAUCCUCCCCGAGAUGGUGGGCAGCAUGGUCGGGGUGUACAACGGCAAGACCUUCAACCAGGUGGAGAUCAAGCCCGAAAUGAUCGGUCACUACCUGGGGGAAUUUUCCAUCACUUACAAGCCAGUGAAACACGGUCGCCCUGGUAUCGGUGCCACCCACUCUUCCAGGUUCAUUCCUCUAAAAUAAACAGAGUUUUGGGAAAUGUUUUCUAUGUGUAAAUAAAGAAAUUUCUCCCAACUGUC